AUGGAGGUUGCUGAAGACCUGUCUCAGCUGACGACCUACCGGAUCAGCAUCGCCUCAAAGAACUUCCUCUAUAGAAGCACAGCCUUCAGUGAGCCCCUAGUAGCCUCCACCACCGUCACCAGAGAUGGAUGCCUAGAUUGGUUCGCUUCAAAAAAACCCUUGUACCUGCAUGGCCUCUCUGCAGUCUACGUCGAAGCCACCCCAAACGAACAGGCAAUGCGAGAUGAGGCCCGUCAGGCAGGCUCUGCCAGCUCCAGCGUGGGCCACAGUAUGACGGGUGUAAACGCUCUACAGGGUCGCAGUACUGCAGGACACAGCGCCAACAUGACCAUCAUCAUCGUUGUGGCCGCGUGUUUCGGCUGUCUGAUCUUCAUCACGAACCUCAUCAUUGUGGGUCUGGUAAUCCACCGCAGACAGCAGCGACGCAACAGCAAGCUGAAGCGCAUUCCUGGCACAGAAAGCCUAGUUAAGUGUGGUGUCAUUGAUACCUAUCCCACUGCGGACUGUUAUCCAGAACGUUUCGCGAACGGCCAACAUGUUCUCACAGCCUACAUGGAUUCGGGUAGCCAAAAGGACAGUUUGAGUCAGUACCAAUUCGAGCACUUUGGACAAUGUUCACCCAACCUGCCUGCCGAGUAUCUUACUUCCGGCCCUUUCUCCUAUCGUCAAUCGCCUUUGAAUCUGUUCACGGCCUCAACGGGUCUCACUUCCGGUGGCACUUUGCCAGAAAACCCAAUGCAGACUAUGCAACGCUUUAAUUCACUUUCGCAGAGCUCCUCCCCACUACACAGUUCAAGGUCGCAUGGUAUUCAACCAGAUCCCUCGGGUAUGGGUCUCACACCUAUGCAUCCAAACUACGGAUAUACAGAUCAGCAGCCACAAUCGAUAUACCUAGUAGCUGCUCCAACCCCCGGGAUGACCCCUAUGCGCGACAUCACUACCAUCCCACCGCCAACUGACUUCGGGGCCCAGACAAGCCAGGUCCAGGAAACGCAAUAUCCCAUAAUGAACCAUGCAAGCAUGCCGUGCAGCAAACCAAGUACAGGCCUAAUGCGGAAAGCCAGUGGAUCCUUCGAGAAACCUGCGGAAUCGGAUGUUAAUAACGUCUCCUGGAGGCCUGCCUCCGGCUGUCUUUCUGCAAGGCUUCCACCGCAAAGAAUAUCACGCGCCAGCAUCUUGCCAAACGGACAGUCCGCCUUCCCUAGAGAUGCCGAAAAGGCCGGGGUGCAUUUUGACGUCUCCAUGUAA